CACACCGGGAGGAGCCGUCUACCCUUCCGUCACCCGUGCCCGCCCCCCGGAGGACGGUGCGUCGUGUCGUUGGCAGCGUCAAUAUUAUUUAUGAUCCCCGUUAGGAGGCUCUCGGUGGGUUUUAGCGCCGCCGCCGCCGCCACUGAUGAGCGCGCGCUAAAAAAACCUCACAUCCGCUCAUUGUGUGUUGUUGUUAUUUUGUGCGUUUAAUUUGUCUGUGUGUGUGUGUUUUUGCGCCUUUGAGUGUGUGUGUGUGUGUGAGAGCGCGCGCGCGUGUGUGUGAGUUUUCCCGCGGCCGGAGCGCACCGAUGCUCUGCGUUAAAGAGGCUUUGAUCGCGAGGCGUCGGGAGUCCGAAACACCUUCACUGAUGAUUGUGUUGCUAGUGUAAGUGUGUAGGUGUGUGUGUGUGUGUGUGUGUUUUUGUGUGUAUAUGUGUUUCGUUUCCCAUGGCGAACAUGAGCAGCAGUGUGUGCAUGGAGACACCACACACCCACGGCCACGCCCACAGCUACACACCCACCACAGGACGGGACUUUUCCCUGCAGAUGGACUCAUGCAUGAACCCUGUGCUGGACUACAGCGCGCAGAUGGAACGCUACCGCUCCUUCGCUAACUUUUACAAAAACGGCGCCGCUCCGUUUCCUCAGGCGGCAAAAAUCGCUCGUUUGGCAACGCCCAUUUUCCCGUCGCCGAUGACGCCAUGGUCGUGCGACAACGGAAUGCUUUGGGGCCGUAAGCCACCUGCAGUCAACGUCAAUGUCAAUGUAAACGUCAACGGGGCUCACGCACAUGCUCACGCACACCGGACGGCCAUGCCUCGGGCGGAGCCACUUAAUGUUCACAUGCCCGCCAAGAUGUCUGCUGACAACUUCCUGUCUCCGCUCAGUCAAGUGGGCGGAGCUGAGUGCAUGAACCGCCUCAAGGUGCCACAACAGACCAGCGGGAGUGGCGGAGGUGGCGGAGGCGGUGAGGCUGAAAGGGGUGGGGCUACAUUUGGAGGGUUUGCUCUACCCCCUGGGGUUAUCGUCAUGACCACCCUGCACUCAGGGGCGGGCUCAUCAGUGGCGACGAUGACGGACAGCGCUUUUCAGAUCGCUGCCGACUGCCAGCACAGCAACUCCGCGUCCUGCUCCGGGUCUAAUGCUAGCACUAACGCUAGCGUCAGCAGUAACAGCAGCUGCAGCGGCGGAGCAGCCAAGAGAAAGCGAAAGCGGUGCGGUGUGUGCGCCCCCUGCAGGCGGCUCAUCAACUGCGGCGUGUGCAGUUCUUGCCGGAACAGGAAGACCGGUCAUCAGAUCUGCAAGUUCAGGAAGUGUGAAGAGCUGAAGAAAAAACCAGGGAGCACAGUGGAGAGAGCCUCAUCCGUGGGAUCAGCAGACACGUUUCGCUGGUUCUUCUGAGAGAAGGAAAUCCCAGAACACAGACUGUACACAAACACACACACACACACACACACACACACACACACACACAUUGGACUACAGCAGUGCAGACACUGUGCUUCAUCUUUAACACUUUAACACUUCCAACUUUACCUGGACCUUCAGCUCUGUAUGGCAGAGAGAGACAGAGAGAGAGAGAGGAAGUGGAUCUGGAGGACAGGAAGUGGAGCAGAGAGGAGCGCCCUGAUUGGCUGUCAGAGCUGUGUGGCUCCACUGGACACCAUCCUCACUAUUAGACAUUUUGGGACAGAUCUAAGAUGAAGAUUAGAGGUGUCUGAUUGGAGGUGGGUGUAAGCCACGCCCCCAGAGAGCGUUCCAGACUCUUGACAUGUCACACACUUCACUGUUGCAUGGGUAGAAAAAAACAAUUAACUAAUGUGUUUUGAUUUGACCUGAAGACUUUAAUGACUUUGUACAUUGCUGUU